GCGAAAUCUCAGGCCACGGCCACACCACACCCCUCUCCCCUCCCUCCACCUUCUCCCUCCCACGCCGGUCCUUCUUGAGCGCCGUGAGUCGCUCGCCCGUGUCCGCCGCACACUAUUCCAUGUCAGCCGGCGUCCGCCCUCUCCACCGAGCGCUGCAUCAACGCUGGCCACGCCGCGGGGCAGAAGCAGCAGGGCAGCCACAGCCCUGACGCCUUGCGUCGACCUUGGACCCUCUUUUGGCGCCAACAAUAGGAGGAGGAGCGGAGCCACGUUCCCCGCGCCGCCGCUCCUGUCCCGGAUGCUGUCACCCACCACGCGGCCGGCAGCUCGGACUGACGAGAGAUCUGGCACCAGCCCGGAGAAGCCCCUGUUGCGCCGGUGGGUACUGCGGGCGCCGUCGAGAGGAUCUACGUGGUUAGGGUUGCAGUCCCCAAGUGCGAUGAGAUCCAGAACGCCAUCUCCGACGGUGAGGCUGAGCUAGCGCCCGUGCCGGUGUUCGUGUUUUUGGAUUUUGUGGAUCUGAUGAUGCUCGUAGACCUUGUGCACCGGGUCCGGAACGAUGUCGGCGGGAGGUGAAGCAGAGAUGAAGGAGCUGCCCGAGGAGCUUGCCUGCCUCGCAUGCGAAACAUCGGCCCAAGUGGUGGCGGCGGGACCUGCCGCGUCGGCACCGCUUAUGUGUCGCAUGUGAGCUUCUUUUCCGUUUGUCUGCCGACACUAGGACCUCCCCUGCCCCCACGAGAUUUGUAUCUGUACCUGACUACGAUGAGGAGUACAAUGACUGUGAUGAUGAUGACUAUGAUGGAACCGAAUAUGGCAUCAACCAUCCUGUUAAUAUGGGGAAAGGAAGAAGGGCGAGCCCAUCAAGCUCGUCUUCACCGGCAAGAAGAAGGGAAUCACUCCCGUCGCCUCCUUCAGCGCCCUCGACAAGGAGGGCGAGGACCCCACCCCGUCUGCCGCAGCCGAGCCGAAGCCCAGCAACGAUCCAGCCGAGGACGACAUAAGCACUUUGUAAAUCUCCCACUCCUCUCCCAUGGUUUUCCCCUAUGUCGCUUGGUUUCUUCUUUUUGCCAAGCUUUUAAGGUUUAAGAAGCUAACUAUGAAACUACUAAAAAAGAUUUUUGGGUAACAAAUUUACAUCUGGACAUUUGGGUUGAAAUGUUACUUUAUUUUUCUCCAUGAUUUUGUAGUAGCAUGUUCUCUAUGUUUUGUAUUAAGUGCUUUUGUGUUUUAUUAAAUUCGUGCUUCCAUUCAACCUCACUUACUGCUCACUUACUGCAGAUAGAAAAUAAUUCUCACAGGUGGAAGCUUGUUGCAGUCUACAGAAUUAGGCGACACUCUUACUGGUUGCCUUUUGAUUUAACUACCAUUCAAAUUAGCAACUCUUGAGCAGAUUUAUUAGAUCCAAUUGCUGUCAAAGGAUAAGAUGACCUUUAUAUAGAUUUUUCAGUUGCCAUUUCAACGAUUUAUUGUGAUUGUAAUGCUCGCCCCUAUAUCAGGAAGGUGGGCAUAUCAGUAUCUUGGAUGACGACUCUACUGAAUGAUGUCCAUAAUACACUUGCGGAGUAUUUGGUUUGUAGAGUCACUUUAUGUUUCAUGAAGUGAUGCAUUAUAAGUUCAUUCCAUCAAUUUUGGUGGAAUCAACUCA